CAGUUGAUAAAAGCGAGUGCGACACAAAGGAGGGGCAAUAUUCUAAACAGUGAUUUCGUGCAAAACGGAUGCAAAAGCAAUACAACAUUUUUAUUUUCUUUUCAUUAAAGAGAUACUUGUCAGUGAUUAAAAAAUAAAUAAACAGUAUUUUUGAAUUGCAUUUAGAUAAAAAGUGACAAAAGUGAAUUAAUUUUUCUGUUAUUAAAAGAAAAAUUUGCCAAAGGAAAAAAAAAAGAAAUGCCUGAAGACGUCACCAUGACAGACAACGGCGAAAUUGAAACGUAUGCGUUUCAAGCUGAAAUUGCUCAAUUAAUGAGUUUAAUUAUCAACACAUUUUAUUCAAAUAAGGAAAUCUUUCUACGAGAAUUAAUUUCAAACUCUUCAGAUGCCUUGGAUAAAAUCCGGUAUGAAUCAUUGACAGAUCCUUCAAAGCUCGAUGCUUGCAAAGAAUUAUAUAUUAAAAUUAUCCCUAACAAAAAUGAUCGAACACUCACAAUUAUUGAUACUGGAAUUGGUAUGACAAAAUCUGACCUCGUCAAUAAUUUGGGAACAAUUGCAAAAUCAGGAACAAAAGCUUUUAUGGAAGCUCUUCAAGCUGGUGCAGAUAUUUCAAUGAUUGGACAAUUUGGUGUUGGUUUCUAUUCUGCAUAUUUGGUUUCCGAUAAGGUGACAGUCAUCUCAAAACACAAUGACGACGAACAAUAUCUUUGGGAAUCAUCAGCCGGUGGAUCAUUUACAGUACGACCCGAUAAUGGAGAACCAAUUGGCCGUGGAACAAAACUCAUUCUUCACAUCAAGGAAGAUCAAAGUGAAUAUCUUGAGGAAUCAAAAAUUAAAGAAAUUGUCAAGAGACAUUCACAAUUUAUUGGCUAUCCAAUAAAACUUGUCGUCGAGAAAGAGAGGGACAAGGAAUUAAGCGAAGAUGAAGAUGAGGAAGACGAGAAAAAAGAGGACGAAGAUGAAAAGCCAAAAAUUGAAGACGUUGGCGAGGAUGAAGAUGAGGAAAAAUCAAAAGACGAAAAGAAAAAGAAAAAGAAAACAAUUAAAGAAAAAUACACCGAAGAUGAGGAAUUAAAUAAAAUAAAACCAAUUUGGACAAGAAAUCCCGAUGAUAUUUCACAGGAGGAAUAUGGUGAAUUUUAUAAAAGUUUAACAAACGAUUGGGAGGAUCAUUUGGCAGUAAAACAUUUUUCCAUUGAAGGACAACUUGAAUUUCGUGCACUUCUCUUUGCACCACGACGAGCACCUUUUGAUCUUUUUGAAAAUAAGAAAAAAAAGAAUAACAUUAAAUUAUAUGUGAGACGCGUUUUUAUUAUGGACAAUUGUGAAGAACUUAUACCAGAAUAUCUUAAUUUUAUGAAAGGUGUCGUUGACAGUGAGGAUCUUCCUCUCAAUAUUUCCCGUGAAAUGUUACAACAAAAUAAAAUACUCAAAGUAAUUAGAAAAAAUCUUGUGAAAAAAUGUAUGGAACUUUUUGAGGAAUUAUCAGAGGACAAAGAAAAUUAUAAGAAAUUCUAUGAGCAAUUUAGUAAAAAUCUCAAAUUGGGUAUUCACGAGGACAGUCAAAAUAGAAAAAAAAUUGCCGAAUUACUUCGUUAUCAUACAUCAGCAUCUGGUGAUGAGAUGUGCUCUCUUAAAGAUUACGUUGGUCGAAUGAAGGAGAAUCAGAAACAUAUUUAUUUUAUUACCGGCGAAAGUAAAGAACAAGUAUCGAACAGUUCAUUCGUGGAACGAGUUAAGAAACGUGGUUUCGAGGUGAUUUACAUGACAGAACCAAUUGAUGAGUACGUGGUACAACAGCUAAAGGAAUUUGAUGGCAAGCAACUCGUUUCCGUGACAAAGGAGGGUUUAGAACUUCCCGAGGAUGAGAAUGAGAAGAAAAAGUUUGAAGAAGAUAAAGCGAAAUUCGAAAAUCUCUGCAAAAUAAUGAAGGAUAUUCUCGAUAAGAAAGUCGAAAAGGUCGUUGUCUCGAAUAGAUUAGUUGAUUCGCCUUGUUGCAUUGUGACAUCUCAAUACGGCUGGACCGCAAAUAUGGAGAGAAUCAUGAAGGCUCAAGCAUUACGCGAUACAUCAACAAUGGGUUAUAUGGCAGCGAAAAAACAUCUCGAAAUAAAUCCCGAUCAUCCAAUUAUGGGUAAUUUAAGACAAAAAGUCGAGGCUGACAAAAAUGAUAAAUCAGUGAAAGAUCUUGUUAUGUUACUUUUUGAAACUGCUCUUCUAUCGUCUGGUUUUGCCCUUGAAGAUCCCCAAGUUCAUUCGUCGCGAAUUUAUCGAAUGAUCAAACUUGGCCUUGGACUUGAAGAUGACGAUACACCAACUAUUGAGGAAGAAAAAAUUGACACUGAUAUUCCACCAUUGGAAGGCGAUAUCGAAGAAGCAUCAAGAAUGGAGGAAGUCGACUAAAAUUGAUCACUAAUCUAUAUCAUUAUUUCGAUUAAAUUAUGAAAAUUGCUAAAUACUUAAAAUUGUCGUUUAAAUAAUUUUAUUUAUAAGAAAAACAAAAAUAGGAGAGAGAAUUUUAAAUAGUUGGCAAUAUUCAUUAUUAGCUUAAGUCAUUAUUUCCAUUCGCACAUUUAGUUUAAUUUAUUUGUAAGUUAAAUUAUUCUAGUGUAAGGUCGUUGAAAAAAAAAAUUGUGAUCAAUAAAAUAAAAAAGAAAAUGUUCGGUAA